AUGCGGCGGUGUAUUCUUGUACGGGUGGCAAAUCCCUUGCCAUCGACCCUGCACGUCUCCGGCGGCAAUAGCAACAGUAAACAGAAGGAUUUUUCCCACCUCCGCCACACUGUUGCAGAACCGGCAGUUGACACGAAUGCCGAGGCAUAUCGACGCUUGGCACACGAAUUGACACUCUUGUCACAGGAAGAGUUUGGCCGUCGCCUCUAUCGGUUUAGCCGAACAAAUUUCGACCCCAACCACACGACAGCAGUCCACGCACAUGUGUCUGAGCUGCUUUCACGGCGCGUGCAAGAAGCAACUGUGAAGUGUGUUCGUGAGUAUGCCCAACUGGCGCACGUCGCUAAGCUACAUAAGCUCUGCUUACAGGUCUACUACGCCCGCACGAGGGCUGCCACAGUCGUUGUCUCCGCGACGGAAAUCAACGACAUGAAUGUUGGAAACUUUGCUGUCUCUGACUUUGUCGUCGACAGUGCGUAUGCCCUGCGUAGUACGCCUGACCUGGUUAGGUUAGCUUCUGACUGCGUAAAGCACCUACAGCACGUACCAUCCCUCGGUUGGGAAAUGAUGAGCGCCUUCUCCUUGGUUCGUGCGUUUUGGCGCUGCGUUUGUAUUGCCUCAAACCGCGAAGGACGGCCGGAUGCCGAGUCCAAGCAGGCCCUUCAGGACGCCGCUUACAUCUAUGAUGAAUGCAUGGCGUUGGUGUACCCCGAUUCCUGUGAGGAGCUUAGUACACAAGAUGCCAUACACAGAGUCCAGCGGUUUGUGCAAUAUGCUUCUUCCGCCGAUGAAGGAGAGAUGCUUUUUUUUCGUUUCUGCCUUCAGAAAGGGUUUCUUCGAAGACCACGCGAUGCAGUGCGUGGAGGGGGCGACGAUAAGGGAACUGGGACAAACGUCAGUGGCGCUUUUGAAGGCGGAAGAAUCACAGAGGAACAGUGGUUCUACGCGAGUCUCAUCGCAACUUGCCGCGCUGGAAACCACGUGGAUUCUGCACUCCAAUAUUUUGACGACAUUGGAUCCUUCCUUGGAAUUGUGCAGGUUAGUUGUAACGAUCUUCUUCGCUCUGCCGCACGUAAGCUGCUGUGCGACGGUUCGAAGCCGCCAGAGGAGGGAAGAGGUCCAAAAAAAAGAAACUCGAUGGAGGAAGUGUCUGAGUAUCUUAUCUUUCAGCUACUUAACGUACUUCAAACAGCAAAAGACAACGGAAAGAUCGUUUUUAUUGCACGAGCAAUGCUACGGGAUGGGGUGCAACUUGGUAUAAGUGUCUGGAGUAUCGUGCUUAUUGCGGCAGGGGAGAUGCGAGCCGUGGAUUUGGCGCUUGCCGCCUUUACACAAGCUAAGGACGCUCUGGGGCAUGACGGCAACGCUAUGGACCGCCGCGGGAACGAGUACCUACUACAAACUGCCAUUCAUGCACUCUCCAAGUGUCAGGUUCCUCGCUUUGAGGAAGACUACCUUCGGCCCUGCCAAGAAGGGAAGCUGAUGCAUUGCACAAAUGAGUUCUACUUUUGCGCUCUCCUGCAGCACGCACAUAACUCCAUGGACCCUGCCACAGGUGCCGAGGAGGUUCUGCGCAGGAUGACAGAGAAAGGGGUGCCGCUAACCACACGCAUCAUCUCCAGGCUGAUUAAAAUCUACUUACGCAUUGAGUCCCCCAAGCUACUGCCACUGUAUCAGCAUGCCACGCAAGAACUCGGAACAUUUAAAUUAUCCUGGCUUGACGAACUGCUGCUGUGGGCGGAUCGACGUCGCUACAACCUCUCCCAUGAAGAGCGAAAAUACAUAUUGGAUGAGGUGCAACGCGUUCACGGCACGAAGGGCAUGCGGGGCGACCUUGGCGGGCUUCGCACACAGUACGCACUUCUGAAGUACGACUACGAACACACCCCACUGGAGGUCUUCGCCUCCACAUCGCAUCCACCGGAGGCGGAGCCAACCAUAUUAGACUCACGUGUCCACUUCCUUAUUAAAAACCCUCACUGUGUCGUUCACAGCCCAAGGAACAGGGGCGUCAGCCACAAUUUUGGGCACACCAGAACACAUGUAGAUCCCGAGAGAACAAAAACGUUUCUUCGAUCCGCUCUACUCACCACUGAAGACGCAGAAACACAAACCGAAGUAAUUCAGGCUAAGGAAUUUCGCGCGUACAUGGUACGCAUGCUUGAGGUUCUGCAAGACACUAACAAUUGCGCGAUAUGA